AUGCACAGAGUCGACGCUGACGGGCCUCGGCCGCAAGACAGCGACCACGUCGCCCCGGCCGAUGUAGAGAAGCACCCCGCCCGUGACGAUGUCACCACGACUGGGGCUGUGUUCAGCGAUCAAGCCAAGAAAGAGGAUGACAACACUUCCAACAACGAAGAGUUCCAGGAUGGCGUGAAGCGCGUCCGCGCCAUCACGACCGCUUGGUCGAAAUGGUCGCUCUUUACCAUGUUUGCGCUUCUGUACCUGGUCACCUUCGUGGACUAUCUCCAAAAUGCGGUCGAUUCAGUGCUCAACCCAUACAUUACGUCCUCCUUUGGCAGCCACGGCCUCCUCAACGUCGGCAGCGUCCUCUCAACCAUCAUUGGCGCAUGCGCUCCCUUGGGCCUAGCAAAGAUCAUUGAUGUAUUGGGCCGCGUGGAGGGCUUCACCUUCAUGCUCCUGGUCUCAGUCAUCGGUAGCAUCAUGAAAGCUGUCGCCAAGAACGUCACUACCUAUGUCGCGGCACACACGCUCUACUGGACAGGCCACAUCGGCAUCGGAUAUGUCGUCCGCGUCAUGCUCUCCGACAUGAGCAGCCUCAAAAACCGCAUGCUCGUCAUCGGCUUCAACCAGACGCCGAGGAUCAUCAGCAAUCUGGCUGGGCCAAACAUUGCAGACAAGUUUCUCAAGAGGCUCAACUUUCGCUGGGCUUUCGGCGCUUUCGCCAUCAUCCUGGUCGGCUGCAGUCUGCCCGCCAUGGGUCUCAUGACUUACAUGUUCCGCAAGGCUCUCAAGAGGGGCGUCUUUCAGAAGCGCGCGCCGUCAGGUAGGAAGUGGCACCAGUCAGUGGCGCACUAUGUUGUCGAGAUCGACUUGGCCGGCAUGAUUCUCAUCAUGGGGGCGCUUUCCUGCAUCCUACUGCCCUUCAGUUUGGUCAAUUACGCUCCCCAGAAGUGGAAGACGCCAUACAUCAUUGCCAUGUUGGUGCUUGGUGUGAUUCUCUUCCCGGUCUUUUACAUUUGGGAGGCCAAGUUUGCGCCAGUGCAAUUCCUACCUUGGAGGUACCUCAAGCAGGGGACUAUUAUCGGCUCUUGCCUACUCUAUGGCAUCAUGUUUUUGUCAACGUUCACGUGGAACGGCUAUUUCAACUCGUAUCUGCAAGUCGUGCACCGACAAAGCGUCGAGCACGCAGGAUACAUUACCAACACCUACUCCCUUACAUCGUCCUUCUUUGGGCCCAUCAUUGGAUACAUCAUCCACAAGACGGGCAACUUCAAGUGGACCGCCUACAGCGGUGUGCCGAUUAUGCUGCUGGGGACGGCGCUUCUCCUGCCUUUCCGCCAACCUGACGCGCCCGUGGGAAUGCUCGUGUUCACACAAUUCCUGGUCGGUCUCGGAAGCGAGGUCUUCGUCAUUUGCAGCUCGCUUGCAGUCAUGGCACCUGUCACGCACCAGUACAUUGCUGUCACAAACGCACUUGCGGGCCUCUUCGGCGGCUUCGGCGCCUCCAUUGGAUUGUCCAUCGCCGGGGGCAUCUGGAACAAUUUGUUGCCCAAGGAGCUGUACAACCGCCUGCCCGAGGCGGCCAAAGGUAGAUCGACUGAGAUCUUCGGUGAUUUGAAGUUGCAGAUGAAGUUUGCCGACGGGUCGCCGGAGCGGGACGCUAUCGUUGGAGCCUACGCCCAUGUCAUGAGGUACAUGCUCAUCGCGGGCGUGGCGUUGAUGCCACUCUGCCUGUUGUCUAUCGUUGUCUGGAAGAACAUCAACGUCAAGAAGAUUGAGGAGGAGAGGGGCAAGCAGACGAAGGGUACCACUUUCUAA